ACAAUUUUCGUAACUUGUUUGCACGCACAAGCUUCCCCAAAACUAAAAAGGGCUCCUUACGGAUCUUCUGAUAUGACCACGUCACAGUUGCUCUGAUCCGCCACAACCAUUUGUUUGUUUUCUUGGAAACGUCGAUCAGACUUUCCUCUCAGAAAUGGAGCACUACUACUGCUAAUCGCACUAGACCAUCAGUAGUACUACCAUUUUCUGAUACUGCAGCACUUCAAGCAGAAAGCAAGGAGCUAGGUGCCAGCGAUGGCUUCGGCGGAGCUCCCGGAGGUCGUCGAGCGCAAGAAGAAGAGCAACGUCAUGUAUGCCUUCAUGUGCUCCAUCCUCGCCUCCAUGGCCUCCAUCAUCCUUGGCUACGACAUUGGGGUGAUGAGCGGCGCGGCGCUCUACAUCAAGAAGGACCUCAAGAUCACGGACGUGCAGCUGGAGAUCUUGAUGGGCAUCCUCAAUUUCUACUCGCUCAUCGGCUCCUUCGCGGCGGGGCGGACGUCCGACUGGAUCGGCCGCCGGUUCACCGUCGUCGUCGCGGCCGCGUUUUUCUUCGUCGGCGCCUUGCUCAUGGGCCUCGCCGGCGGCUACGCCACGCUGAUGUUCGGCCGCUUCGUGGCCGGCGUCGGCGUGGGCUACGGGCUGAUGAUCGCGCCGGUGUACACCGCCGAGGUGUCCCCCGCGUCGGCCCGCGGCUUCCUCACCUCCUUCUCCGAAGUGUUUAUCAACGUCGGGAUCGUCCUCGGGUACGUCUCCAACUAUGCCUUUGCCCGCCUGCCGCUCCACCUCGGCUGGCGCGUCAUGCUCGGCAUCGGCGCGGCGCCGUCCGUCCUGCUGGCGCUCAUGGUGUUCGGCAUGCCGGAGUCCCCACGCUGGCUCGUCAUGAAGGGCCGCCUCGCGGACGCCAGGGUCGUACUGGACAGAAUCGCCGAGACGCCGGAGGAGGCUGCGGAACGCCUGGCCGACAUCAAGGCUGCCGCUGGGAUUCCCCACGAAGCCGACGGCGACGUGGUCGCCGUGCCCAAGAGGAAAAGCGCCGAGGAGAAGCAGGUCUGGAAGGAGCUGAUCCUGUCCCCGACCCCGACCGUGCAGCGCAUCCUGCUUGCGACGCUUGGCCUCCAGUUCUUCCAGCAGGCUUCAGGCGUUGACUCCGUCGUGCUGUACAGCCCGCGCGUGUUCCAGAGCGCGGGCAUCACCGACGACGACCAGCUCCUUGCCACCACCUGCGCCGUGGGCGUCACCAAGACUGUCAUCGUGCUGUUGGCCGCGGUCCUCCUCGACCGCGUCGGCAGGCGCCCGCUGAUGCUGACCAGCUCCGGCGGCAUGGCCGUCUCGCUCGUCGGCCUCGCCACAGGGCUCACCGUCGUGGGCCGGCACCCACCCGCCGAAGUUCCCUGGGCCGUGGCCCUGUGCGUCACGUCCACUCUGGCCUUCGUGUCGUUCUUCUCGAUCGGCCUCGGGCCCAUGACUGCGGUGUACACAUCGGAGAUCUUCCCGCUGCGGGUGCGCGCUCUGGGCUACGCGGUCGGCGUGGCGUGCAACCGCGUGACCAGCGGCGUCGUCUCCAUGACCUUCCUGUCGCUGUCCAGCGCCAUCACCAUCGGCGGCAGCUUCUUUCUCUACGCCGGCAUCGUCACUCUCUCGUGGGUGUUCUUCUUCACCUGUCUCCCGGAGACGCGCGGCCGGACGCUGGAGGAGAUGGGAGAGCUGUUCGGCACAAUUGACGCGGGCACCGAAGCAGAUGACGCUUCCGCGAGACUCCUUUCGUCAGAGUUGACCACAUGAUACUGUUUUUGCGCUUUGGUUUGUCUGCACGUAAGUGUGCAAUUAUAUGUGGUAAUGUGUAAAGUGUUCGUGAAUGUACUUUUAUAUUCAAAAGUAGAGUAAGUUUUGAACCGUGUUAUUUGAGGGUGGGGCUUUGGUUU